UCCCUCCCUCCCUCCCAUCUUUAGUCUGGUUUGUACAAACCCACCAUCAAAUCCUCACAUGUUUUUCUGUCCAAAUUAAAGAAACCCUCAAAUUCCACCCUCCCAUCUUUUGUAGAACCCUCAAGAUCACCGCUCACAAAUCCACCAUCAAACCCUCACAUGUUUUUCUGUUCAGAUUCAAGAAACCCUCAAAUUCCCCCUCCCAUCUUUUGUAGAAUCCCUCAAAAUCACUGCUCACAAACCCACCAUUAAACCCCUCCAUCCCCGGUAAAAAACCUCAAGAUUCAAGAAAGAAAAAUCACCGGGAAGUGUUGGAGCUCCACAUCAAGGUAGCCCAAGAGAAAUGUUGUAGGUCCUCCCUUUGUGCAUACAAACCCUCGGGGAAAUUAGAAAGAAAAAAAACAAAGAAACGAAACCAAGAAGAAUCUGCACACGUGGCCUCGGCGAAUGAGCCACGGUGGAGUUAGUGGUGCAAUGUGCCGACGAUGGCCGACUCAAGGCGGAGAACGUGAUGAGGCCUGAUGGUGCCCCUAUGCAAAGGCAACACCCAUAGGAGAAGCAGCGACGGAGGUUGGGUACGACAUAGAAAAAUCGGAAAAAGAAAAAACCCACUAGUAAAAUUUCUCAAAACCACUAGGAAACCCUCAAAACCAUCACAAAUCAGCGGAGAGGGAGUGAAGGAGAAGGGGACCAAUCUGAAGGGUUUUUGUAGCCACGAUGAAGGAGAGAUGGUGGAGUGCCCACAGGAUGGCCGCAAAUGUGAGCAGGAGCAGCGGCGGAGGUAGCAGGAAUAAGAGAAGGUGGUAAGAGCUGGAGAUAAAGUGGGUGAGACAUUAUGGUUGCAAAAGAUUAUAAUAAAACCAAAGGAUCGGCUAAAGCGGAGGUGGGAGAAAUCGACACCAGUGCACCAUUUCAAUCUGUCAAAGAUGCUGUCAGUUUAUUUGGUGAAGGUGCUUUUUCAGGGGAAAAGCCUGCCAUUAGGAAGACAAAACCACAGUCUGCAGAAAGAGUGCUGGCGGAAGAAAUGCAGCUUCAAUGUUGCACCAGCAAACUAAAUUCUGGAUUUUGUAUGAUCUAUUCAGAUCCAGGUGAAGAAAAUUUGAUCCUAGUGCAGCAACAAAUGAUGACAAACCAUGUUAUGUCGAUGAACAGAAUGAGGUGUUGCAAGAGUCACAACUGCAGUCUUUGGCUUCAUCAAAUGAAAUCCAUGAUUUAAUAAAGAAUGAAAAGCUUCAGAAAGUUAUAUACAAGAUUGAUUGCUCUGUGGAUCCUGAGAAUGUAAGUCUGAUUACUGCUGCUUCGCUCACUUAUAUGUCUUUCUGGAUUCAGUACAAUCUUAUCACUGCAGAAUUUGUCUUCAGAAACACUGCAUGUAUAUCCACUUGCAAAUUACUAUAGUGAAUGUAUGAUGUAUCUUUCUACUUUGGUAGGAGCUUGAUAAAUCCAUGGAGGAGGAAUCUGUUCAACCUCAUCUUUGGUUUGAGGAGAUUAGUUGGUAGAUAUAUCAUUUCAUUAGGUCUUUGGAAUACCUUAUCAAGUAAUUAUGCAAACUAAAUUCUGGAUUUUAUAUGAUCUAUUCAAAUCCAGGUGAAGAAAAUUUGGUGAGGCAAAGUGUUGAAAAGUUAUAUGUGCACUCAUUGUGUUCUCUUUCUUUCUUCAUAUUGCCCUUCAAAAAUGAAUAAAGACUAUUAAGGAGUAGAAAAAACAUACAUGGAAUAUGGAUUGCCUUCUACAUUUUGUGCAUGCUCGCUUUUAUGAUUUGCUAAUAGCAACAUAUCAUCUAGGCACGUUUGUAUGUGGCCCCUUGACUUCUGCAAUUGGUGUUCUCUCUGCUAUUCAUUUCUAGUUGUAUUUUCAGACAAACAAUAUCUCUGGAUCUUUCUCCAGUUGCUUUUGUAGGAGUUCAUUACCCAAAUGCUAUCAUUUACAUUUUUUUUAAUUCAUUUGUUUUUGCAACUUGCUCAGGGUUUCUGACCUUGACAUGUCAACUUCCUUCUUUUAUCGUUGUUUUUGUUCCUUUAU